ACUUCGAGAAAAUUUUGUUAUUUUACAGUUUUAAACGCGGUUGAAAAUUGUUAAAACAAGUUUCUAAAAGAAGUAUUUGUAUUAGCGUCCUUUUCGGAUGCUAGACACAUUAAGAGUAUUUUACUGUAUAUAAAAGGUGUACAUAGUUUAAAAAUCUUAGAUUUACUUUAAAAAAUGAGUUCUUGUAAUAGAUCUUUAUCUGCUACUAAAAGUAAUUCAAAAACUAAAUCAUUACAAGGAAAAGCAGAUCAUCAAAUUAAAUCUUCAGAUUUAUUAAAGUGCGAUAAAUUUCAGCAUAAGUCGGAUCAAUUGCGACAAACAAAUAUAAUUGAUAACCGUAUAAACAGUAAAGAAGAUGUUGCUUGGCAAGAACGUAUUAAGCAAGUUAUGGAUUUAACUCGUCGAUCCGAAGAUGAAGUCAUUAUGGCAUUACACGAUAGUGAUGGAGAUUUAAAUCGAGCUGUAAAUGAUCUUCUUGAGGGAGUUAGUCCUGAAUGGGAAGUUAAAAAAAAAAAAGCCCGACCAACAGGAGGAUCUAAGCAAAAUUCUGAACAAUCUGUUGUUUCUGAUAAUCUAGAUUGGGAAGAUAAACGGUGUUUUAACAGUGAUGGGACAACUCGUAUACGUGGACGUGUCAGUCAUAUUAAUCGUGGUUGGCGACGCCGUGAAAAUAAAGAAAAUGAAAAAAAUAUUGAAGAAAUCAAAUUUGAAACUGCUCAUGGUAAUAGCAGAAGAGGUCGUGGUAUUUCUGGAAGAUCUGGACGUGGGGGUAGAGGCGGUGGUCGCGGUUUAGGUCCUCGAACUUUUGCAAAUAGAGGAGAAUCUAUAUCUUCUAAUUCACAUACUUUUAAUCGACCAAUUGAUACGUGGACUGGAAAUGAAGAGCAUCCAACUAAUUUAAAAGAAAUAAAAAAGGAUUCAUGGAGUACUAUAGAUACAACUGAAGAUUGGGAUAGUGAAGAAUAUACUGGCUCUCUUGCGGAUACCAAGGUAUUCACACCCAGUACUCUAAUAAAUGAAAAUGUAAUUACUUCAGAUAAAAAGAAAUGUCAGGAAAUGUCAUCAAUUAAAAUCGUACAAUCUUCGAAUUUAUUAAUACCAAGCGAAUCAUCAAAAUUAUUAAAUCAAGAAAAUAUUAUUCAAGAGCAGUCUUGUCAGUCACAUAAAAACAUUGCAUCUAUUCAUCUUCCACAUUCACUUGAUAACAUGAAUAGAGGAAGCUUAUCAGCUGCACAAUCUGAAUAUUUUACUCAACUGUCCCAACAAAGUAGUGAUUGCCUUAAUGUUAAUUCUGGACAUAAUACAUUUUUAAAUGUUCCGCAAAGACAAAUUAAGCAUCGACCACGUCUACCACCACCUUCAAAAAUACCUUCAACUGCUGUUGAAAUGCCGGGUGAUGCCUUAAAUACAAGUAUUGGAUUUUUAGAUGUUCAAUUUGGAGCAUUAGAAUUUGGCGCUGAUGCUAAUAUCAAUGACGGAUCAAAUCAAGAAAAAUUCAAUUCUUCUGGAUCUAAUUCUGGUAUUUCUUGCAUUGAACAAAACUCUAUCACCACAAAAACUGUUGUAAAUUCACUAAACUCACUAUCUGUCGAAGCUGUAAAAGUUUCUUGUCAAAAAUUUAAUCCAACAUCAAAAUUGUUGCUUAGUGAUAAUCAGAAUAUAGCAAAUGAGCACUCAAUAAAUUCCCAAAGUGGGUUUACGAGUCGAAAUACACCAACUCAAUCUAUGGAUAUGCAGAAACAGGAUCUUAAUUCACAAACAUCUCUUAGUAACUCUACAUUUGACGUAACUGUGACAUAUCAGUCAUCAAAACCGUCAUAUCCAACUUCAGUUACAGCGUGCAAUUAUAAUGCAUAUUCUUGUAAUGUACAAGCCAAUCCAACAUCUUUUACCUGCCCGACAACUAGUUGUAAUUCAAAUAACUUUUCUGUUAUUCCAUCUGUUAGUCAAACAGGAUAUAAUUCAUCUUAUACACAAUCAUCUAUAACUACUUUUAGUCAAACGUCUUCGUGUAAUACUUCUGGUAUUUACAAUCAAACACCAACUACUAGUCAGGGGUAUCAAUCAACCUCUGGAUUUACGACACCAAUUUCACAAUAUCAAUCACAAUCUGCAUCUACUAAUACUUCUAGUAACAACUCUUAUAUAAAUACUGUAUACCCAAAUUCUUCUACGUUCCAAUCUACAGCGCAACCUUAUCAACCGUCCAAUACAACAUUCACAUCAUCGAUAAGCCAAGGAACUAGCGUAUAUUCUAAUACAGUUCAAUCGGUUUAUUCAAAUGCGUAUCCCAGUUAUGGUUGUCAAAAUCAAGCUGUAUCUCAAGAUCAUAAACCUAGUACAAAUAAGGAGUUAUCAUUUGAAAGUAAUACAACAACUAGUAGUACGUCUUUAGUUACAACGACCUGUACAUUAAGUCUUACUUCUAGUUCUGUAAAUACAUCACAGACUAAGACGACAAUGUCGAAUGCAGUGCCAAAAAGUUCGGUUAAUGGUUUAGUACCAAAUAAUAAUAAUAGUUCAAGUAGUAUCUCUGGUUCAGGUACGUCGGGAAAUAUUGCACCAAUUCUCAGUCAUCAAUAUAUUAUGGGACAAAGUGUACCAUAUGCAACAUUUCAACAACCUCAUAUGUAUAGUUACGAAGAUUUACAAUUAAUGCAACAGCGACUGCCUCACAUGCCUACAACUGGGUACUAUGAUGCUGCAUUAGGAUAUCAAACAACAGGGCCAGUAACUAGUCUUGGUAAUAGCAGAAAUGAUGCUUUAUCAGGUGUACAAGGUGUUCAGGGCGUUCAACCAGUUCAAGGACAGUAUACCAGUAUUAAUGAUGCAAGAUUUGCAAGAACAGAUAGUAAUGCGUCACCUGUUUCAUCGACUAUGUCUCAACAAACUGCAACACAGCAUCAACAACCAUUGAUGAAUCCAAUCCCACCUGGAUAUGCUUAUUUUUACGGAGGUGGCAUUAUGCCUGCUAGUGGUUUUCAAUAUGGUACUCCAGCAAUAUAUCCUCAAAUUGCAACCGCUGGAAAUGCUGCAACUUCAAGUGGUGGAUAUAAUACAAAACCCGGAAAUUAUGGUUCGGGAUAUGGAAGUGGAACUAACUAUGAUGCAUUAAGUAAUUCUGGACCAUCUGGAGACUAUAAAAAUACCGCAACUGGAUUUUCUACUACUCAGACUAGUAAAACUGGUUCGUCAAGUGGGAAUACAAGCACAGCUGGUACCUCGACUGAUAUAAAUACAACAAUGUACACAAAAGGUCAUGUUGCACUUAACAAAGUAAAUUCUUAUGAAAAACAAGCAUUUCAUUCAGCAACACCGCCACCUUUUGGAUUAACAAAUAACCAAAAUGCAAGUGUUAUUAGUGGAUACGGAGCCGCUCAUUUAUUUAUUCCUACGGUGCCUCAUCAACUACAUCAACCAGUGCAUCAGGAUAGUGGUAAUAGUACAGGACAAAGAUCAAAUAAUAAUUCACAGAAUAAAGCACAAAUAAAACCUGGCUACAGUGCAAGUUACUGGGCUGGUGGCAAUUAAAUGGAUAGAUUUUUAGUUAACUAAAAAAUGUGCACUAUUAUUCUUUAUGGUGAAAACGUGAAUAAAUACUAUGUUGGAUAUUCAACAAUAUCUUAUUUUAUACAUAAAUAAUUAGUUGUUAUGUAAGAACAGUAAUGUGAAAUAAUGAACAAUUGAUACAAUUCAUACUAGGGAUUUAAAAAGCGAACAAAAUGAAACAGUGAAAUAUAAUAAAAAUAUAUUUACUUUGUUUCUUAUUUGCAUUUGAACUACAGUGUCUUUUUAAUAAAACA